AUGGAUGAGAAAAUAAGACUAGCGGAUAUUUAUGAGUUAAAACAACUUUUUAUAAAAGAGUAUAAUGAAUAUAUAAAACUACUUAAGAAUAUAGAAUUAUAUUAUCAAAAAUUACAAUUAAAUUGGUUCAAAUUUCACUUAUUUUAUGAACCUAAUAAAAAUGAUGAUUUUCCGUAUUAUAAACAAGAAAAAUAUAAGAAAAAAAAAAAGAAAAGUAUCAGAUACUGCGAUUAUAAAAGUAUUGAAGAAGAUUUAAAAAUUAUUCGACAAAAAGAAAAACAAAAUAAUUGCUAUUAUUUUAAAACUUACAGAAAAUCUUUUAUUUUAUACAGUUUAAAGGGAGUUACUAAUUCAGUUGAAUUAUAUUUAAAUAUUAAAAUAGAAUCAAUGAAUAAAUUAAAAAAAAAUGCAUUAACUGAUAUUAAUAAUUUUUGUAAGGAAGAAAAGAAUAAAAUUAUUUUCCUAGUAAUUUUAUGUGAAGUAAAAUUAAAUAAUUUAUUAAUUAGCCAAAAGCAUACAAUUGAUAAUAAUUUAAAUAUAAAAAUAAUAAAAAAUAUAAUUGAAUGUUGCAAAAAGAUUAUUCACGAAAUUACAAAAAAUUUAAUUCCCUUUUUUUUAUUGUUUAACAUAUUUUCCUCUCCUAAUUAUUUUAAUUAUCAAUUUAAUUAUUUCUUUAAUUUUAUUGAAAGUAUCGAAAAGUAA